AGAAAGUCCGCCAACAUAGUAAAAGUGGUGAAUUGAUCAACAAAGGGAAUCUUCUCUGGUGUAGUGUUGUUUUCACAUAUGUAGAUGAUACUGCAGUACACGUAGGACAGCGAUGAACCACUGAAACCCGGCGUGUAUCUAAUAUUCCCCGUGAUAUGUAGAGUAGUUAUAUAUUCUUCGGUAACACUGGCGGCAGUUCAAGUUACACCAGAGUUACACACAGACAAUGUAUCCUCGUUCACAGCAGUGUUAUUGGCUUGCAUGGUGUUUUUUUGUUAUUUCCAUAUAUUACCCAGGUUCUUGUAUUAAAAGCGAUUGUCAAUGUACGUCAACAGAAUAUCAUUGUAUUUGUACAUCAUAUGUACAGAACACAACUGUCCAAACAACAGCUACAUUGCACAUGUGUGAUCAGCCAUUUGCUGCAACAUUUCAAGUUGAUGUAGCUGCAGUUAAUGUUCAUUUUGAACACACAUUUACCCAUGAAGAUGAAGCAUUGAAGGUCACGGAUUGGAAUGGAUUUGAGCUUCAUGUCAAGCUGAACUCUACUCAUCCCCAAAUCUUGAAAGUCAAG